UUGCGUUGUUUUCGCUUUUCCCUAUUGUUCUCCAUAUCGGUGUGGUGUGAGGGUUCCCUUACUCGUGCGCUUCGGUGCUUGGUGUAUCAACGCAGCGCAGAAAAUCGUUUGCGAGAACGAUGGUCAGCCUGUGUAAAUAACCGUGUUCAAUCAUUCGGAGCUGUUAUCGGGUUGCGAGAUUUCGUUACUACGGUGCGCAGUGCUCUAUCUCGCAUCGUGCCGUAAGCACUGUCCUUCCCGUGAAGAAAAUCCUACGACAGCUGUUCGAAAUGUGCUGAUUUUCAUUGUUCUCGCAAAAACGACACGUCACGGUUUUUGUGCUGCGGAAAGUUAAUCAACAACCAACUGCUGCUGGUCUGCUGCCGCCAAGCCGAGACGGGACCGUUUUUGUUUUUCGCAUCAAUCAGUCGGUAGCAGUAUCGGUCGCGCCAUCGUACCACGAUGAAAAGUGUUUUCGCAACCGUGCACCCGAUCCGGUCGUAAAGUUUGAUUCCAUCAUCCAAGUGGGCCGUUUUUUCUUCCAUCCGCUCCCACCCGGUUUCCUUCGCGAGCUGGUUGUGUUAUUAGUUUGAACCAAAUUUAAGCAGCAACAAAGAAGUUUUUGUGUGCGUGUGUUUCUGUGCCCGAAACUGCAUAUAUUGAUAUCGACGCGAAGUACGCAGUGUCUGAGGAAGCAACGGAAAAACGUAAACAAAGGAUUAUAUCCGUCGCUUAAUCUUUCGAACACGUCUUCCAUCGAUAGUCGAGGGUGUACCAAAGAAAAGAUCUUUCUCCUUUCCUGCUUUAAAUUACCCAACUACAACAGCACAAUGCAGCGUUGGUGGUUUUUAGAAGAAAAUGGUGAUGCGAAGGAUCCAUCUACGUCCAGCUCCCAGAAGACGGAUGGGUCCGCGAAGAAACCAAAGCAACCGACCCCUGUCGGCGAUCGGCGGUACACGUUUCGUGUGUUGGUAACGUACGAUUUGCUGAAGGAUGAAACGAUCGCCAUUACGGGCGGUUGUGAAUCCCUUGGCAAUUGGGACCCGGACCAGUGUGUGCAGCUGCAUCCAGAAAAUGAAGGUGAUAGAAAUAUCUGGCGGCUUGAGACGGAGCUACCUCGUGAUGCUUCUGUGAAGUAUCGUUACCUGAUCUGUUCGGUCGAUCCAACCAGCGGAAAUGUGCACGUACGGCGCUUCGAAACGCACAUCGUGCCCCGACAGGUGCCAAUCGAUCUGGCGGACGAGGAUGUUAAUGUCGGCAAGGAACAGCCAAAGGUUGACCUGUUUGGCGAUAUCGAUGGUAACAUUAAGCUGGACAAGGGCUGGCUCACCACCGAAACGAUUAUGCAGUUUAAGUUCUUCGAUAAUCCAUUCUCGGUAAAGGAGCGCAUCAAGAACCGUUUGCUGUAUGUGAAGAUAACGACGAUGAAUUUACGCAUUAAUGCGGAAUCGCAAAAUCUAUCCUCGCUGCUGGAAGAAUCACUUUCGAACGACACGCGUGAGAAUGGUGCGGAAUCGGCGACCACCUACUCCUUCACGGAGGUGACCUCGCUUCGCAAUCCGAAUUCCUGCUAUGAGCAACAGUCACAGUUCGGUUGUCCGUACCACAAGGACGAUUUUCUCAUCUACAACGUAACGGUGGCCGAGCCGGAAAAUGUGGCCUACCUAGUCGAUCUCUACACGUACAGUUCCAAGUCGAAGGAAGACGAACCACCGUACCAUCUGGGCUAUCAUUACAUUCUACCGAACUUCCUGAAAAAGUCCGAAGGUGUCCUGGAGCUGCCGGUCACCUGUGCUACCAAGCAUCGUCCACUCGGCAUGAUGCGAAUCGAGUAUCUGAAGAUAACACCGCUACUUCCCUCGCGGUGCACGCUAGAGCGUUCGUACAUCCGGUACUGGAACAAGCGUUGGACCGGGCUGGACGUGGGCCACCGCGGAUCCGGUACCAGCUUCAAGGCGAGCGAUGGCAAUGUGAUCCGUGAGAACACGAUCGCCUCGCUGAAGAAGGCAGUCGCGCACGGUGCCGAUAUGGUGGAGUUUGAUGUGCAGCUUAGCAAGGACUUGGUGCCGGUGAUCUAUCAUGAUUUCGAUAUCUACGUGUCGCUGAAGCGCAAAACCACGCUCGAAACGAACGAUAUGCUGGAACUGCCGAUGCGCGAGCUAACGCUAGAACAGCUCAGGAACCUUAAGGUCUAUCACGUGGUGGAGGGUAGAUCUCGUGAGGCCAAAUUCUUCGACGAGGACCUGGAAGAGCACCAACCGUUCCCUCAGCUGGCCGAGGCGCUCGAUCAGAUCGAUCCACACUGUGGCUUUAACAUCGAGAUUAAGUGGUCCCAGAAGCUGAAGGAUGGCCGGAUGGAAUCGGAACUGACGUUCGAUUCGAACCUGUACGUGGACUGCAUACUGCGCGUGGUGCUGGAAAAGGCCGGCAACCGUCGGAUUGUAUUUUCGUGCUUCGACGCCGACAUCUGCACGAUGCUGCGUCUCAAGCAGAACCUCUACCCGGUAAUGUUCCUGACGCUGGGCGUAACCAGCCGGUACCCGAGCUACCACGAUCCACGCUGCAAUUCGAUCGAGAUGGCCGUGCGCAAUGCGUAUGCCACCGAGCUGCUGGGUAUUGUGGCCCAUACCGAGGAUUUAUUGCGUGAUCAAACACAGGUGAACUUGGCGACCGAGAAAGGGCUAAUCAUAUUUUGCUGGGGCGAUGACAAUAAUUGUAAGGAUACGAUUAAGCAUUUAAAGAGUCUCGGUAUCCACGCCAUCAUCUACGACAAGAUGGACAUUUACUCGGACAAGGCGGUUAAGGUGGCGGAGGGUGAGGGUGCUGUUAGUGGGAACAGCAGCGAGGGUGUUACGGUAUCGCAACAACCCACUGUUUGUGGUGCUAAUAAGCAAUAGGAUUCUAGAUCCUUUCUACUACUACUACUAACGCGACCUAAAGCAGCGCCCUGUAUGGUUGUGGUCAUUGUGCUGUGUGUCUAUGUACCGUGUUUCGUUCUCGUUCCCCUUCUACACUUCCGGAAGAUCGUCUUUGUCCCGUCCCUUCUACUUGUUCCAGUUUACACCAUAUCUGCAUUACUUGUACGCGGACCGAAGCUGCCUUCCUAAAUUGAGUGUUGUUCCAUGUCUUGCUUGGGGAUUCAGUUAUUGUGCUGUGUCUGUUUUAUCUAUUAUUUCGAAAAAGAUGUUUUUGCACCAUACGUUUUACGGAUUGCCUUGCUACGUGUAGUGACGUGAGAGUGAUAAGUUUCGUAAAUGUAUGCGAUGUUAGAUAGAAGAUUUAUAUUAUUUAUUGCGUAUUGUGGCUGUAAACAGCGCAGCAUCUAGCUUGAACUCGACAUUCACAAGAGAAGAGCCGGGAAAAUGUUUAAAGAAAGCGACGAUCGAGUCAUUCUUUGGAAGGAACAAGAACCGUUCUUUGUUUUGCAAUAAUAUCUUUCUAACACAUCUUUUCCACCACCCCAUCCAGGAGAGUGUAUUUUUGGUUGGAGCCCGCGAAUCGCAAGCAGCAUUGCUGCAGCAGAUUAACAUCGAGAACCGCUACGAGCAGACGAAUCAGCACGAGUUUCUAACCGAGUCGGACGUACGGCUGUGCACGGAUAAAGCGGCUUCCUCCACCGGGUCGGCACUUUCCACCUCGACGCCAUCGAUUUGAGUUUCUACAACACGCUUUUAAAUCUACUACCCAGUGCAGAUCAUGCCUUCAAUCAUGUUUCCUGUGGAGCAAAUUUAUUUUCGAUCAUAGUAGCAUGUUUACUCGUAAAUGAAAAAAUGUUGAGCAAUUUGAUGCGAAUGAUGUGUUGGAGGAGAAAAGAAAAACCUUAUCGUUAAACGGAUGGUUUGUGUUAGUGGAGAGAUGAUAUUUCGAAUUUAUUUACAACCAAAUGGGGGAUGGGAUGGCAAUAAUUAGCACCAGAGCGAGCCAUUUUACAUGAGAUUGAUAUUGAUGUGGGAGGGGGGGGGGGUGUUUUUUUGUUUUUCAUUUUUUCUUCUUCUUGCUCUUAUUAAUCACAACGCCUAACAGCCGGAUGUGUGCACCAAAUGCGGGUUCAACGUAGGAAAGGAAUUUUACUCUAGUAAUAGGUGGAAACACUUACAAGAGCGCAAUAAGCAAUCCCACUUUCGUGCAGACAGUAGUUCUUUACAGCUAUACCGGCCUACGAAAGCGCAAUGUAUCAGAAGCAAAAUCUAGCCAAAUUUCAAUUUUUGUUUUGUCUAGAACGUAAUGAGAGAUUAAAUUUAACAAGCAGAGUUUCCUUUCCCUUGCGGAUUGAUGCUGUGUUAGGGAAAUUAUUGUAAAAAAAAAGAAGAACAAGCAGCCGAAGCAAAGGGUUCUAUCUAGUAUUUAAGCACAAAAACCAACAAGUUUCUUAUUACAAUUAUGGUUUGUCUAGUGUAAGUUGCUGAAACUAUAACUCUAUCCCAUUUUAUGAGGCUUUUCAAUUAAAUACAUAAAACAUAAGCUGCUGGUUCACAUCUCAGUUUGCACGUUUGGGGCGAAACAA